ACUCACACCAUCACGGCCACGGCAACGCCGAGGAGGUGGGGAUGGGGGGAGGACACGUUGUUCCUAAUUUUCACUACUUUCCUCCUACUGCCUGCCACCACGACGACGAGGACGAGAGGAUCCUUGCGCGAUUUGGAGAGAAAUGACGAGAAAUUCGAAAGAUGGUUACACAAUUCAGUGCCCGAGCCAUUUCGCCCCCACUACGUUCCCCACCCCCACACACGGUCUCACUUCUCAGUUGGUUCCUCCUCGCACUACUCUUCUCAUGACCUCGAGUACAAAAAUAAUGUUAAUGCGGAGAAAGUUCAAUCCCAGCGUACGUUCCUUCAGGAGACGAGAAGACGCGACCGUGCCGGAAGGAGGAGAAGGAAUCACUUAGUUCCGGAACCAUUUCCACCAACGGAACAACUGCAAACAUUAUCCAAAAAUAUUUCCACUAUCCUCAACUCACUCUCUCAGAAUUAUGAUAAAAGGGUCCGACCUAAUUAUGGAGGUGAGCCAGUUGUCGUUGGAGUUACCAUGUACGUCUUAUCGAUUUCUAGCAUCUCAGAAGUGCUCAUGGAUUUUACACUUGAUUUCUACUUUCGUCAAAUGUGGAAGGAUCCAAGGCUCAAGUUUGAGGGGACUGAAGGAAUUUCUACGCUUUCUGUGGGAUCCGAAUUCCUCAAGUCAAUUUGGGUCCCAGACACUUUUUUCGUUAAUGAAAAAACGUCCUAUUUCCACACGGCAACUACUUCGAAUGAAUUCCUCCGGAUUUCUAAGGAUGGCGAUAUUCUUCGUUCUAUCCGGCUCACAGUAACGGCCGCGUGUAACAUGGAUCUCCGUCAUUUUCCAAUGGACUCCCAAUUAUGCAAUAUUGAAAUCGAAUCUUUUGGUUAUACAAUGAGUGAUAUCCGGUAUAAUUGGGCUCGUGGGGCGACCAGCGUCGGUGUCGCACAUGAUGUAUCGCUUCCUCAAUUUAAGGUGGUGGGGUAUCGUCAAAGGGCCUUUGAAAUUUCACUCCUCACUGGAAACUACUCUCGCCUAGCGUGUGAAAUUCAAUUUUCGAGAUCAAUGGGUUAUUACCUCAUCCAGAUAUAUAUUCCAUCGUCGCUCAUUGUCAUCAUGUCCUGGGUAUCCUUCUGGUUAAAUAGAAACGCAAGUCCUGCCCGUGUCCCACUUGGGAUUACCACUGUCCUUACGAUGACAACUUUAAUGUCAUCGGUUAAUAAGGAACUUCCCAAAAUUAGUUAUGUCAAAAGUAUCGAUAUAUUUUUGGGGACUUGUUUCGUUAUGGUUUUUGCAGCCUUGUUAGAAUACGCAACGGUGGGCUAUUUAGCCAAACGCAUACAGAUGAGAAAGAACCAUUUUCAAACGUUACAAAAAAUGGCGACUGAACUGCAAAAAGAACGCGAGGAACAAUUGCGCGUUCAAGAAGAGGCGGACGAAGCCAUUCGGCUAUUUCACAUGCAACAGCAGCAGCAGCAACAACAACUUCAUCAGCGACAGCACCACUAUCAGACGAGGUCCAUGUCUGCCAUGUCAAUGACCAAUAAUAGUCCUUACCCCAUGGCGCAGGCUAAGCACACCCCCGAACCUAUGUACCAACACCAUCAACCAACGAUGGCACCAUCGUCUCAUUUCGCGUCGACCAUGGGGACAUACUCAUCACGUCGGGACGAUGAAAUGGUGGCGCCGGGCUACCGUGUGAAAAAUAGAGCUCCAAAAGAACGCCUCCUCGGAGAAGAAGACGCCGUUCUUUUGGAGAAUACCUUAAGAAAAAUUAGGGUUCAAGUCAAUUCUAAUCAAAUUUGUGGAAUUGCACCAUCCGACAUUGAUAAAUACUCUCGCGUCAUGUUCCCAGUCUGCUUUGUGUGUUUCAACUUGCUGUAUUGGAUAACAUACUUGCACAUCUCCGACGUGGACUUGGGUGACUUGACUCUGCUUCCACCACCCGACUAGACCAGAUCAACUCAAUAUAAGGACUCGAUUAAUAAUACUUUCUAUGCUACAUACAUAUUUAUAACUAACGCGAUUUAUAUACUCCAUCGGCGACCGUUUCUUUGUUAUUAUUAGUGUAAUUAGUCAAGAACGCAACGCAUCACCAAAUCUCAAUUACACAACUUCUUUCCAAUAUGAGCUGCGAUAAUGAACUUGAAAUUAUAUUUGAUCACAACGACCAAAUUAAUUAGCCAACCAAAUCAUCAACCAACCAAUAAUAAUCACGAAUUGCUUUCAAUGAAGAUUAAAACAGGGACACCGAUCUAUCCAGUUUAUGUAACAACACAACGUUUAUACAAAAGCAACAUAAUCGCAAUUAGUCGUAAGCACACACAUUCAACAUACUUUUAAUAAUAAUGUCGAGAACUUACCUUUCCCAUUCACGUGGUGUGUAAUGGAGACAAUCUAUGUAUUACUACAAAUUAGUAGAAAACAAUAAGUAAUUACACGCAUUUACAUACACAUACACAUUUCCAUGCAUAAUAAAUACCACAUAUAUACAUGCACACACUAUACAUUCCACUCCAAACGCAUAUAUAAACCUACAUAAAAAAUAAAAGUGAAAGCAGUGAAAGUAACAAAAUAAGAAGUGAGAUGUAUCGCGAAGAAGAAGAAAACUUGCAAAUAAAUUUGUACAAGAAGACAUUUUGGUGCUUUUACAGAAAACCUGUUCCAUUUAUGUAUAACGUUAACUCAUGUACAUACUUAUGUAUCUACAGUAAUUGUUAAUGACGAACCAUUAUUAUUUAUUUUUUACUACUUACUUAGUUGAUUGGCUAUUAUAAAUACUUUUGAGUGGUAGAGCGUAGACCACACAAGACAUGAUACCAAAGAAUAUUAUCAAUCAUAAAAAUUCGACAGGGUGCAUAAUUAAAAAAGUAUCUUAAAAAAUGACGGGCGACGGCUUGUGCAUGCCGACUUGGUGAAAUCUUGUAUACUUUUUGUAGAACUGUAACAAGAAGAAGUAUGUAGAUCACACAAUUUGAUGAAUCGGAAUAUGUACUUUUGUGGCAUUUGACUAAUCACAAAGGUGCUACAUAGUAAAUUACAAAAUACGACGACGUGCUACAUAUUCUUCCAAAUUUCGUCCCAUGAUCUCAAUUAAUUCUCUAGUUGCACACAGUUGACAUACAUACAUAAAUAAUUAAAUGAAUGAACACCAACAACAAUAAGAUUCGAAUGGUAUAUGUAAAAGUGGAGUAUUUAUUAUUGUAUCAAUUAUUAUUGGGGGAAAAGAGGGGUUGAUUAUACAACUCAAAAAUAGACAUACUAUUAAAUCUCAAGAAAGAAACAAUAAGAAUGGGAUGCAACGACCUAAUACAAACUCUUUCGUAUGAAUUAUGUACGUUAAAUAUAAUUGUAACGCAGUAAGCGAGACUAGUGAGAUUUUAGCAAGGGAUGAGAUUAAAAAUUUUAUCAAUUCUUUGUAAUUUGUAAGAAUGACAUUGUUUGUUAUUUUUAGUGCUUAAUUGUUUAUCAAUAAUAAAUGGUUCAUUUGCUCAAUCAAUCUAA